GUUAUCUUAAGGUUGUUUUUUACCAUGAAAGCCUUGUUUAUAAUUGUGGCUGGUUGACUAAACUGUUAUUUUCUAUACAAAUAUAUUUCCACAAACUUUCGUUUGAAGCAUCCAAAUACCUCUGCAUCUCCAGUCCAAUAGGUGGCGCUAAAACUUCAUAAAACAACUUGAUGGUUGGACUCGAUUUGAAAACCCGGAAGUAACCAUUAUGCUACCCUGCUUUGAAAAAUGGAGAAAACUACAAGCGAUACCCGUCAAAAAACAUUUACAUGCCAGUUGUGUGGUUUAAGUAGUCCCUUCACUUACCACGGCCAGAAACCACCAAACACCAGAGCCAUUGUGUUGCUUGAAGAGUGUUUUGUGACUCAGGAUCCCUUUAGUCCGGACAAGGAAAAGUUCCUUGUUUUAGGCUCUACCUGCAGCGUGUGCAGCAUAUGUGUCUGUGUUGGAUCGGACUGCAGCCUUUUCUACACCAAGAGGUUUUGCAUGCAGUGUGUGAGCAAGCACUUGGACCAGUUCCCCCCUCAAAUUCAGGCCGAGCUGGCCAAGAAAAAGCAGAGUUCCAAGGCUGCUGUCUCGUGACAUCCGUCAAGAGGUCCAUAGCAUUCUCACCAAUAGAAGAGAAAUGUUUGGCGAUUUAAAGAGUCCCAAAAGUGCCAAGGUUCUCUACCGGCACUCUUUUAUCCAACUCUUACUGAACGAAACUUCAUUUAAGGCCUUUAUUUUGACUGGACAGCUGAAGACGUGAAAGGGGGGAGAAAGGGGGAAUGACAUGCAGCAAAGGGCCGCAGAUCAGAGUCAAACCUGUGCCCACUGCAUUGAGGAGUAAACCUCUAGAUAUUGGUGCCUGUUCUACCCACUGAGCUAUCUGGGCACCCCACUUAUUUCUAAUUCUUAAACCAUGAUGGUCAAUUUUUGCUUGUUCAGCCCAAUUCAGCAAAUAUUCUUGGCUUUUUACCCACUGUUUUAACACUAUUAGUAGUAGUAUGUACGACUCAAAAGAAGAUGUGGAGGUAAUAGAAUUUCCCACACCAACUGCUGAGCUGAUUUACAAACCAGACUCAUGUCUCCACUGCUAUUCCAAUGUUAAGAAAUUAAUAAAUGACAUACAAUGUAUUCUUGAACUUGAAAACUAUGUCCGUGCAAUGUUUUAAUGACCUACCACAAACACGCACACACAUUUAAUGACUUUUCAGCAGCGUAUGUUAACAUUAACGUUUAUGACUAAUUAUCUCAUCUACAGACAAUUGUUGACAUGAACUAUCACUGUUAUCCAUCUAAUCUCUGCCUCUAUGGUCAGAGGGGGCACUGUUGACUUCUGUGGAGUCAAAACAAGUUUUUGUUAUCUUAAA